UCGAGACUCCGUCGCCCAUCGAGUCGUUACAGUUCUACGCUCAGUUCUAAGAAGUUUCAUCCGCGGCUAAAAGUGCAGCGGCCGUUUCACACUGCGCCGGACAAUCGAACAAAGACAUCACGACCCGAUUUGUUUACCUCGCGAGCAAUAAGUAUCAUCGAUUGUGAUCUGAUCUUUUAGUGGUACAUAAGUGCAUGUUUUUCUCUCUGCUAAUUUAAAUUAUUUAAAUUAGUUACAGGGUUUUUCCCAAUUAAAUCAUUGCGCUGUUAAGAGGCAUAAAUCUCCAAUAAAAAAAAAGUGACAGUUCUGAUUAGUUUUCAACUAAAUAAAAUGGAAAUAUAUAAGGAUAUACUUGCAAUUAUGUAAGUGUUCUCUGUGAAUGGGUCUCAAAUUGGGGAAAACAGUUCUUUGCCAUUCGCGAUAUGUACAGCGUGAAGAAUGUUUUGCAUUGGGUGUAAUUCGAAGAUAUAUAAGAUUUUUGUAGAAGAAUGAGAAACGUGUCAAUCACAAGUUUGAUCUGUAGACAAUCAUUUGUGUGUGUAUUACAUAAGAGCGUUAUAGCCACAGAUGUAAACAGACGUGAACAAAGAAAGAGAAAACGUAAAUCUCAUUUGAGAAUUUGUCCUUUUUUCUUUUUGGAAUAAUGUUAAUUGUUUCAUUAAAAUAACUUGGACGAGAUAUUCGUAUUAGAUUGAUGAAGAUCGAAUUUUGCACGAAAUCAAAAAGAUUAACAAAUUGUAAUUAAGAAUGUUCAGUUCGUUGAGAUUGGCGACUAUGCGCUCGCACAAGAGUCGCACCAGACCAGGAAGUGUCGCCACGUCUGCAAGUUCGGAUUCGACAAGAGUAGAAGAGACACAAGUACAGUAUCAUCCUCACAGCUUUCUGCUGCUGGAUGAUCCAGAGGCAAUCGGUUCAUCACCCUGCAGUGUUUCGUCCAAAGUCGCGCAAGUAAGAGUUGAACGAGAAGGUGGCAGUCUUGGCGUAACUCUCCGUGGCGGAGUUACGAGGGCUUUGGUAGUGACAGGAGUAAAAGCAGACGGUCCAGCCGCAAAAGAAGGAAGAGUCCGACCGGGCGAUCGGUUACUCGCGGUAGAUGAUACCGAAUUGCGAGGACUCACCUUAGCGGAAGCCCAGCGAGCGCUUAGAAGAAGUUCGGACGCACCUGUCGCAUCUCUCACAAUCGAGUACGAUGUUGCGAACAUGGAGGAAGCACGAGCGGCCACUUCCGGUCCAUUGCUUGUUCAAUUAGAACGCGGUAUAUCAGGAGAACUAGGUUUAACCGUAAAAGAAACAACAAACGGUGUUUACAUCGAGAGCCUUCGUCCAGCUAGCACUGCAGAUCGCUGUGGUGCUUUGCAAGCAGGAGAUCGGUUGCUAGCCGUAGAUGAUACACCUGUUCAGAAUGCAGUAACUGCUGCCAAACUACUUAGAAACAAUUCCGAGAGCUGUCGCAUCGCCAAAUUGCAGAUAUUACCGCGAUCACCUAGUGCGAGAACAAAGAAAAGAAGAGCACAGCCGCAAGCUCAACAAAAUUCGAAUCAGACUUUGCAGAUGAAGGAGAGCUUAACAGUUGUUCUUCGGCCGGAUCAUCGGGGAUUCGGCCUCGCGCUCAAGCCAACCGAAGACCAUGUAAAUUAUGUCGUGAGUUUGUUAGAAGCCGGUGGUCCAGCCGAACGAAGUGGUGUUCUUUUGCCAGGCGAUAAGGCUGUUGCAAUCAAUCGAAGAAUGUUACGUGAUCUACAACCAGCUGAAGUAGUCAACAUACUGGAAACGUCGCAAAUGAUCGAAUUAGUGAUAGAGUACAAAGUGGGCGGACCGGUGGUGCCAAGUUCCGGUGUAUUCACAGUGAGAGUAGCGAGACCGCUGGGCGGUCAACCUGAUCUCGGCCUUACGGUGAACGAAGAUCUAGUAAUUACAGAGGUCCGCCGAGGAUCGCUCGCUUAUCGAACGGGUAGUUUAGCAUCUGGAGACAGACUACUCGCAAUAGACGGUCAAAAACUUGAUUCCGGAGAUCUGAGACAAGCCGCUCAAUUGUUACAUCGACCUGGUAGUUCAGUGGUUGCUUUAACCGUUAGAAAGCCGGAUCCUAAUACGGAAACUAGAGAUUAUUGCAGAGAGACUAGCGUAGGAAGCGACACGGUUCAGCCACAGUUUUCAACCGGUGUAUUACGUUCGGCCAGAGAGAGUCUUCCUAGCGUGGAUAGCGCAGUGGAUUCCUGGGGCGAAUUAGGAGAGAGUGGUAUAAUGCCAGAGAUAUUGAGACUUUGGGAUACCGCCUCUGUGGAUAGCGGACAGUUGGAUUUAUCAGUACCGUCUUAUUCAGGGCCGCAGGAACGCGGUUCUGACAACAAAGCUCAACAGAUAGUGCACGUGUCGCUGCACAAAGAUCCAGUAUAUGAGGACUUUGGCUUUUCCGUGUCAGACGGUCUUUAUGAACGAGGUGUUUAUAUAAACCGUUUGCGACCCGGUGGACCCUGCGACGGUGUUUUGCGACCUUACGACAGAAUUCUUCGAGUCAACGAAGCGAAUACGGAAGACUGCGACUGUUGUUUGGCUGUUCCACUCAUUGCAGCAGCCGGACCACGUCUAGAUCUUACUGUAGCAAGACCACUGUCGCCACAAUAUAUCGUGACAACUUUGUAGACGAAGAUAAAACUAUUGCUUUUAGAUUUUAGAAUAUUUUAUAAUAUCUUCAAGAUAUUUUCUUUACAUCAAAUAUUUUAUAAUUCACUACAAGAGUGAAAACAAAUACAGUUGACAGUAUCACCAGUUGUAUUCUCAAAGAAUAUCUAUAAUUAUAUUUAAAAAAACUAGAGUUGUGUGGUCGAAGGUAAGAAUAAUAUUAAAAAU